GUGGGCGGGCAGCGGCAAGUGGUACACUGACCGCCAUGUGGCAGCGCUGUCCCCGUGAACAGCGGGCUGACGUCUGAGCGGGAAAAGAAGCCAGGGCUUCAAGGAGCUGCAGAGUGGUCCCGGUUGAUUUCGGUGUUGCACCCCCCACCCCCCGGAGCGCCUCUGCCUGGGCUCCUUGGUGGGGUGGUUCUGCUGCUUCCGGGAAGGUUGUGCAGCCUGACCUUGAAGAAGCUGGUGGUGUUCAAGGAGCUGGAGAAGGAGCUCAUCUCGGUGGUGAUUGCUGUCAAGAUGCAGGGCUCCAAACGGAUCCUGCGGUCCCAUGAGAUUGUGCUGCCCCCCAGCGGACAAGUGGAGACCGACCUGGCGCUGACCUUCUCUCUGCAGUACCCUCACUUCCUGAAGAGAGAAGGCAACAAGCUGCAGAUCAUGCUGCAGCGGAGAAAGCGCUACAAAAACCGAACGAUCUUGGGCUACAAAACGCUGGCGGCGGGCUCCAUCAACAUGGCCGAGGUGAUGCAACACCCCUCCGAGGGCGGCCAGGUGCUGAGCCUCUGCAGCAGCAUCAAGGAGGCGUCGGUCAAGGUGGCCGAGAUCUGGAUCUUCUCCCUGUCCAGCCAGCCCAUCGACCACGAGGACAGCGCCAUGCAGGCGGGGCCCAAGGCCAAGUCCGCAGAUAACUACUCCGAGGAGGAGUAUGAGAGCUUCUCCUCUGAGCAGGAGGCCAGUGACGAUGCCGUACAAGGGCAGGACUUGGACGAGGAGGACUUCGAUGUGGGGAAACCCAAGAAGCAGCGGCGAUCGAUAGUAAGAACGGCAUCCAUGACCAGGCAACAGAACUUCAAGCAGAAGGUCGUGGCGUUGCUGCGGAGGUUCAAAGUGUCAGAUGAGGUCCUGGAUUCAGAGCAGGACCCUGCAGAGCAUGUCCCUGAGGCAGAGGAGGACCUGGACCUUCUGUAUGACACGCUGGACAUGGAGAACCCCAGUGACAGUGGCCCGGACCUGGAGGACGAUGACAGUGUCCUCAGCACCCCCAAACCAAAGCUCAGGUGAGCACACCCACCACCUC